AUUCCUCACAUGCAACCUUGGGUUGCCCUCACCAACCCACACACUCGUUAUAACAAUGGCCUCGAGGCUGGUGCUUGUCAUUGGCGACCUGUUCAUUCCAGACAGGGCUCCGGAUAUUCCUGCAAAAUUUCGCAAGCUGCUCACUCCUGGAAAGAUUGGUCAGGUAAUCUGCUUAGGCAAUCUCACCGACAAAGAAACAUACGACUUCCUGCGACAAACCGCCCCAGAUCUACACCUGGUCAAAGGAGAUUUCGACACUGAAGCCUCCAACCUAGCCCUGUCCAAAGUCGUGCAACAUGGAGGACUUCGAUUUGGUUUUACUCACGGACACACCAUCAUUCCACAAGGAGAUGCCGACGCUUUGUUGAUUGCUGCUCGGCAGAUGGAUGUUGAUGUCCUUCUCUGGGGUGGUACCCACAAGUUCGAGGCAUAUGAGUUGGAAGGCAAGUUCUUUGUCAAUCCUGGUAGUGCGACUGGCGCCUUCAGCACGUCAUGGGCCGCGAUCGACGAAGAACCCAUACCCUCCUUCUGCCUGAUGGACAUCCAAGGAGAUGUCCUCGUCUUAUACGUCUACCAAUUACGCACCGACCCCAACGGAAACGAGACUGUAGCAGUGGAAAAAGUCUCCUAUAGGAAGCCUGCACCAGCCGAGACAUGAUCAGUCACCACCACCGCCCUUUUACAUUAGACACAGCGUCGCUAGGAGCCGAUGGUGUCUCUGUACCGCCUUCUCCAUUUCAUCUCACACUAACUUGACACCGGUCCUGUCAACGUUGAACACGAUCUAUCAACCACGCUCCGCAAAGCUUCAAACCUAUGUUAGAAGUAGAAGGACAAGAUACUGCCACACUUGUGGUCCAGGGAGUGAACUGCUUGGCUGCUAAUCGAAUCAUCAACCGAGUAGCAGCACCACGCAACCAGUUCAGACACUUGAAUCAAGGGAAUCAGGAACACAGUGUCUCGAGCUCACGGUCCACUCGACCAAAUUUAGGAGUCAACACAUUCAGCAAAAUGGUUGCUACCGGUGCCAGUUCAUCCACUAGCACUAUAACCUCCAUUAACAUAAGCCCAGACUCCUCCAGGGUAUCAUAAUACAACCAUAGACCAGCAAUGUACAAGGCAUGAACGAAAUCAUGAAUGAAAACCUCUUUUAUGUCCUCA